AUGUCUUCAUAUUAAUUUCCAGAUCUAGAUAACUUUACAACAUAAGAAGUAAUUGAUUUAAUAGAUGAUUUCAAUAAGUUCAAUUCAGAUGAAAAUGUAUGUAAUGAAUAUUAUAUCAUAGCAUUUUUUUUAUUUCUAUGAAAUACCUAUCACUUUUAAAGAAAUUGAUGCACUCAUUAAAAAAUCUACAAUCUCUACUUCUCUUUGGAUAUUCUAUUUAAAUUAUUUAGCAGUUGUUUCUGAAACUAUUUAAGGUAGAGACUUACCUUAUUUUUAAUUUUAUGAUAUUGUAAUUUUGAUAUCAAUCAUUAGCAACAAUUUGAUAUUAAGAACAAUAAAAUUAAUUUAAAGAAUGAGACUGAUUCUAUAGUUUAAACCCUUACAGCUGAAGAUGCUAAAAAGUAAAUUAUACUUGUGAAACUGAUAAAGAAAUACUUUCUUAUUGUAUUAUAUCAUGAAGUCAUAUAUUUAAUAGAUUAUUCUAAAAAUAAUUAAGAAUAGAUGAAAAUGAUUGUUAAUUAAUUAAUUGAUGGUUUAGAUUAUGAAAUAAGAUUAAUCUAGAAAUUUAUCAAUUUUGAAGCAUCAUAAUAUUACUUUUAUUUUAUAUUAUUAUUUCUUUAAGGUAUUAAAAUAGAUACAAUAUAAUUAUCUGAAUAUGAUGAAAAGAUUUGUCAUGAUAGAGCAGUCUGGUUAAUUUUAAGUUUUGGUUUUGAUGAAAUUGAAAAGGAAUUCUAAGAAUAAAUUGAAAUUGAUAAUUAACAUAUAUUGAAAUUAAAAUAGAAUUAAGCAUUAAAAGAAUUAAGAAAGUAAAGAGUUGCCCAAUUAUAACCUAAAAAAUUAAAUAAAGUUAGACUUUAAACUCCUAAAUCUAAAUAAGAAAGAGAACAAUAAAUUAAUUUAUUGAAUGAAAGAAUAUCCUAUUUGAAAGUCUUAAAUGGUAUAGGUGAUGAUAAUGAUAUCUUAACUUCAGAAAUGUUCUAAAUUAAAAUGAAAAAAUUAAAUUAAGAUCUAGAAACUGAAUUCUAAAAUUUAGAUUAAAUAAAAUAAAAUCAAAUACUAUAUUAAUCUAGUCAAAAUCAAUUAUUGAAAAAUGCAUCUCAAAUUCUAUAAGGAAAAUUUGAUUCUCAAUUAUUCUAAGGUUUGGGAUUAUAAUUAUAGACAAAAUCUAAAGAGGAGACCUUGAAAUAAUUAUAAGAAUAAAAUUAUUAAUCUAUUAUAGAUCCUAUUAUGAGAUAGGAAGGUAAAAAAUUGCCACCAGGAAAGUUUGUCACAGUUCAAAAGGACAAUCUUAUUGCUAUGAAAUAUGGAAUCAAGGUAAAUCAUAAUUAUAUAAGAUAUCAAGAGAUGCACUAUAUGAUUUGAGAAAUGGGAGAGUGAGAUCUGAAAUAAUAGACUUUUAUUUCAAAUUUCUACAAGAAUUUUCUACUCUUUGUAAUGAAAGAUAAGCUUUUAUGCAAAUAGCAGAUUUUGAUAAUUUAAUUUUUGAAUAAAGAACAGGCAAAGAAGCUCCUUAAUAGAGAUAUGAGAAUUAUUUAUCUAAUUUUGAUUACAUUUAUUUUCCAAUAAAAUAAGGACAAGUAGAUGAAUAUUCAUUAGGAAUAAUAGAUGUAUAGAAUUUAGUUAUUCGUCAUUAUUAUUUAUGUUAUCAAAAACCUAAAUUGCCUAUUAAUUCAUUGUAAUAAAUAUUUCGAUCUUGGCAGAUUUAGGAAUAUGAUGUAAUUGAUGAAGUCUAAUAAAGAAUUGAUAUGUAAAAUCGAUUUCUUUAAUUUUUAAUAUAUUGGAUUCGAAAAUAAUCUCAUUAUUACAAAUUAGAGAAGAUUUCAAAUAUGAAAUUAUGGAAAAUUAAAAUUGAAGAAAUUAAAACAGUAUCUCAGCCAUAUGAAACUGGAAUGUAUUUAUUAUGUGUAAUAACAAAUUUUUGUUUAAAAAGAAAAAAAGUGGACACAUUUUAGUAGAACAAGGAUGUUAUUAGAGAAAUAUUGGAAAAUGUUAUUUGUUCUACAGGUCUUUAAGAGAAAUUGAAUGAUAGGACUGCUAUUGAUUAUUUUAAGAAGAGAAUUGAAGCUAUAUGA